AUGUUCGUAAUAAUCUUAUCAGUAAUAGUACUUUUAGGCUUGUUGUAUAAAUACAUAACUAGAAACCACGACUACUGGAAGAAAAAAAACGUACCACAUGACCCUCCUGUACCGUUUUUUGGAAACAACUUCGACAUUCAAUUUGGGAGGAAAAGUUUAGGACAAAAGGGUAUGGAAAUCUAUAACAAGUCUAAAAAUGAAAAGGUAUUUGGAUACUACAGGGGAACGAUACCAGAAUUAUAUAUUAAUGACCCCGAUAUUAUUAGACACAUUUUGAGUGUUGAUUUUUCAUACUUUCACUAUAGAGGAUUUGGGUUGAAUACUGACCUCGAGCCGCUAGGGUUGAAUUUGUUUAACGUUGAAGGUGACACGUGGAAGUUGGUGAGACAGCGACUCACUCCUGCAUUCACAACUGCUAAGUUGAAGGGUAUGUUCCCGCUAAUUGUGAGGUGUGCAGAAAAGUUAAAGACAGUAUUAGAUGCGCAGAUUCAGAAAGGAGGAGAUGUAUGCGACGUGCGAGAAAUAAUGGCGCGCUACGCUACAGAAUUCAUUGGCGCUUGUGGCUUUGGAAUUGAUAUGGACACUAUUAAUAACGAAAAAACACUUUACAGAGAUUUAGGCAAAGUCAUUAUUAAACUAUCAUUUUCUGAAAUAUUUAAAUUGGGACUCGUUGAUGCCGUGCCAGAAUUAAAAAAAAUUAUAUAUACCGGCAACAAGAAAACUGAAAAUAUAAUAUUUGAAAUUGUUACAAAAGUUUGUGAACAGAGAAAUUAUAAGCCUUCUGGAAGACACGAUUUUAUUGACUUGUUGUUAGAACUGAGAGCGAAAGGAACCUUGGUAGGGGAGUCUCUAGAAAAAAUGAACGAAGAUGGUAAACCAAUUAUUGUGGAAAAGAAAUUUGAUCAUACAAUGUUAGUAGCUCAAGCGUUUGUUUUUUUCGCUGGUGGUUUUGAAACGUCAUCUUCUACAUCCAGUUAUGCUCUACAUCAUCUUGCUUUUAAUCCUGAUAUUCAGACAAGAGCCCAGGAAGAAAUUAAACAGGUGCUUUCGAAAUAUGACAAUAAAUUGUGUUACGAUGCAGUAGCCGAGAUGAGUCUGUUGAACAUGAUAGUUAAAGAAGCGUUGCGAAUGUGUCCUCCUUUAGGAAUCUUGAACAGAGUAUGUGCUCGUAAAUACACGAUUCCCGGACUAAAUCUUACAAUUGAUCCCGGAGUUAAGAUAGCUAUUUCCUCUCAAUCAAUCCACAUGGAUGAGAAAUAUUAUGACAACCCUGGUUCUCGUCUUGGUGAGAUGCAAGCAGUGGCCAGCCUUGCCGCAUUUCUUUGCAACUUCUCUGUUGAACCCGCUGAAUGUACUAAAUACAAGCCAGAGAUCGAGCCUAAAGCCUUAGCUACGGUUUUUAAGAACGGGCUACCCUUGAAGAUCAAACGGAAACUUUCUUAAAGCUUUUAACACUGUCAUAACCUAAACAGGCAAGUUCAAAGUACCCAAAAUUACCGUACUUGUAUAAAAAGUUGUUAUGAGCGGAGGAAGCGUAAUUGACACGAUUUCUUGUAUUUCUCAUAACAUCACUUGCUAUCGGCAAAUGUUUGUACGCAGUUUCUACCUAAUCCAUUAGGAACAGGUGUGGUGGUAUACAGUGAGAAUUAGGUUGAUAAUAUCGCACUGAUAUUACAAUAGUGUUAUAACUCAAAAUAUGUGAAAUUCAAGAUUAUAUCAUUGUUGAACGUAAAAUUUGAUUCUUUAUACGUCAAUAAAACCAUCGUUAGAAUAUUGUAAAAAAACAAGCA